AUGAAUAAUUUAGAUAAUCAUAUAGUUCGAAAUGGUCAGAAUAACACAAAAAAUAAUAUAAAUAGCCAUAAAAAAUCGGUAAAUGGUAAUUUGUAUGCCAAUACGGAUGGUAUGCCACCUCCAAUAAAUAAUAAUAAUAAUAAUAAUAAUAAAAACCAACAAAACAAUAUAGGUAAUGACUACAAUUACAAUGAAAACACUUUUUUAAAUAUUUACAAGCAACAACAGCAGCAACAACCACUACACCAACCUAUACAGCAACCUAUUCAACAACCUCUACAGCACCAAUAUAUACAUCAAUCACCACAUAACAAUACUAUAGCUAAAACCCCAUCAUCAAUUUAUAAACAAAAUAGUCAAUAUACUUCAAAUUCCCCAAUACCGUUAAAUUUGAACCAGGAUCUUAGUCCUUUAAACAGUGGUAAUAUUAAAAGUAGACCAUCACCAUCAUAUAGACAGUUACCACCACAAUUACAGCAUCCUCAGCAAUUUAAUGUAAAUACUGUAUAUAACCAACAUCACCUUUUAUCAACACAACCGAUACAGGAGGGCUAUUCAACAUUUUCAUCAUUAUCUCCAACAUCUUCAAUUGAAAUGUUAAAUCAUCAUUACCAAAAAAGUACACAGCAACAACAAUCUCCACACCAAUCUCCUCUUCAAUUUCAACAUAAUCUUCACCAACAACAGCAAUUUCAAAUGCAACAACAGCAACAGCAACAACAACAAUCACAAUUUAAUAUACCACCACUCGAAACUAUUGUUAAUUCAAUUUGUAUUUUUUGCUGUUUGUCAUGUAAAGGAAUUAUUGGUGAUUCGACAUUAGUUGUAGAUGGACGUCAAUCAGUUCAUGACGUUUAUAUGAGAUUAUCAAAGACAUAUCUUUUAAAUAAAGUUACAUCAAUGGUCAUCCAGGGUGAAGAACAAUUAUCAAGCAAUCCAGGCGAAGGGAAUUGCUUUUUUAUAGCAUUAUAUUGUAAAGGAUGCAAUAACUAUAUAGGUAGAAAAUAUACAACCACAACACCACAGUUUAAUUUUUUAUUGGAUAUACAUGUAUUGGAUAUUGACUCUAUUUCUUACUAUCGUGUUGGUGGGGUUUCAUCAAAUACUGACCCGCCACCAUUACCAGUCGAGAAUGAUCAAUUAACUAAAAUGGUCGAUACAAUGAAAAGUAUGAACGAUAGAAUCAUUUGGUUAGAAGAUCAAAUGAGUGUAAUUAUAAAUACAAUACAUGGCUUUAUUCAAGAAAAUGCAAAUACUGAUAAUGGCAAUGAUAUUAUAAGCAGCAAUAAAAACAACAAUAAUAAUGACGAGGGCAGUAAAGAUAAUAAUAUAGAUAUAUCCCAAUCAUCAUUACAAAAGAAUAAAAGAAAUAGUAUUAAUAGUAAGAAUAGUAGCAAUAAAAGUGAUAAAAAAUCAAAAAGAUUAAAAACAAGUGAUGAUGAAAAUGAUAAUAGCGACACUUAA